UUCGAGAGACUUGCCAAGAAUCUGAAGGUAGCUAGAGUUUUUAAUACAUUAGUAGAGGAGAUGAAAGCAAUGGGAGUAGCUACAAGUGAUGACUCUCGAUGCACAGAGGUGAUGGCCCCAGUAGCUCAUAGCGAUAGGAGUCCAGUGCUUCUCUUAAUGGGUGGAGGUAUGGGUGCUGGCAAAAGCACCGUGCUCAAAGAUAUUCUCAAAGAACCUUUCUGGGCAGGAGCAGCCGCAAAUGCUGUAAUCAUUGAGGCAGAUGCCUUCAAAGAAUCAGAUGUCAUCUAUAAGGCCCUUAGCUCAAGAGGUCACCAUGACAUGAUUCAAACAGCAGAACUGGUACAUCAAGCAUCCACAGAUGCGGCCUCAUCCCUCCUAGUAACAGCAUUAAACGAAGGACGAGAUGUUAUUAUGGAUGGCACACUUUCCUGGGUGCCAUUUGUUGUGCAGACAAUAACAAUGGCUAGGAAUGUUCACCGUCGCCGUUACCGCAUGGGAGAAGGCUAUAGGCUGAAGGAGGAUGGAACUGUAAUUGAAAACUAUUGGGAAAGAAUUAAAGACGAAGAACCUGAACAAGUUGGAGGCAAAAAGAGAAAACCAUAUAGGAUAGAACUGGUUGGAGUAGUAUGUGAUGCUUAUCUUGCAGUUGUCAGAGGCAUAAGGAGAGCUAUCAUGUGCAGAAGAGCAGUGAGAAUAAAGUCACAGUUGAAAUCCCACAGGAGAUUUGCUGAGGCAUUUAUGACUUACUGUCAACUAGUAGAUAAUGCACGACUAUACUUCACAAACGCAUUAGAAGGCCCAGCUAAGUUGAUAGGAUGGAAAGAUAGAGACAAGACACUGCUUGUUGAUCCAGAUGAAUUCGACUGUAUGAAGAGGCUAGCCAAGUUGAAUGAAGAUGCCAACUCCAUUUAUGAACUUUACAAGCACCCCAACCCAGCUUGUGAAGCUGGAUCAGUAUGGAAAGACAUUGUAUUAUCUCCUUCAAGGUUGAACAUCCAACAGGAGCUCAAGUAUUCGAUCCAAAAAAUUGAAAGCAUGAACUAUAAUAACGUCACCAUGGAGAACAGAUGAAAUUCUUCAACCUUCGACUUUAAGACAAGGAUCAUGAGAUGAAGCACCAAAGAAUAGGCAAGAGAAGCAACCUGCAAAAGUUUGCAGCCGAGAAGACUUCAUGUUUUAGCAACGUUGAUUACCAUACGUGUAUAAACACAUACUAGCAUUUAGUCUUAAUCUUACAGGAUGUUUUUAUUUAAUUAUCUAACAGGAACUUGUGAACACAGAUAUUUCUUAAGAUGCAGUUAA